CUCUGCCGCUUCCUACUGCCUUCACUCCUUAAUCUGGAUGGGAAGUUGGGGGAAAUGGACAGGGUCGUGAUGGCUUGGGUUGCUCUCCUCUGGCUAACAGCCGUGGCUGAAGGCCUCCAGGUUACAGUGCCCGACAAGAAGAAGGUGGCUAUGCUCUUCCAGCCCACCGUGCUCCACUGCCACUUCUCCACGUCCUCCCAUCAGCCGGCAGUCGUCCAGUGGAAGUUCAAGUCCUAUUGCCAGGAUCGCAUGGGGGAAUCCCUGGGCAUGUCAUCACCACGGACCCAGUCUCUCAGUAAAAGAAACCUGGAAUGGGACCCUUACUUGGAUUGCUUAGACAGCAGGAGGACUGUUCGAGUGGUAGCUUCUAAACAGGGCUCGACUGUGACCCUGGGAGAUUUCUACAGGGGCAGAGAGAUCACGAUUGUCCAUGAUGCAGAUCUUCAAAUUGGAAAACUCAUGUGGGGAGACAGCGGUCUGUAUUACUGUAUCAUCACCACCCCUGAUGACCUGGAGGGCAAGAAUGAGGAUUCCGUGGAAGUACUGGUGCUAGGCAGAACAGGGCUGCUUGCUGAUCUCUUGCCCAGUUUUGCUGUGGAGAUUAUGCCAGAGUGGGUGUUUGUUGGUCUGGUGAUCCUGGGAGUCUUCCUCUUCUUCGUCUUGGUGGGGAUCUGCUGGUGCCAGUGCUGCCCUCAUAGCUGCUGUUGCUACAUCCGCUGCCCGUGUUGCCCAGACUCCUGCUGCUGCCCUCAGGCCUUGUAUGAAGCAGGGAAAGCAGCAAAGGCCGGGUACCCUCCCUCUGUCUCCGGUGUCCCUGGCCCUUACUCCAUCCCCUCUGUCCCCUUGGGAGGAGCCCCCUCAUCUGGCAUGCUGAUGGACAAGCCGCAUCCACCUCCCCUGGCACCAAGUGACUCCACUGGAGGAAGCCACAGUGUUCGCAAAGGUUACCGGAUCCAAGCUGAUAAAGAGAGAGACUCCAUGAAGGUCUUAUACUAUGUCGAGAAGGAGCUGGCUCAGUUUGAUCCAGCCAGAAGGAUGAGAAGCAGAUAUAACAAUACCAUCUCGGAACUCAGCUCUCUGCAUGAGGAGGACAGCAGUUUCCGCCAAUCUUACCAUCAGAUGCGGAACAAGCAGUUCCCUGUGUCUGGGGACUUGGAGAGCAAUCCUGACUACUGGUCAGGUGUCAUGGGAGGCAGCAGUGGGGCCAACCGGGGGCCAUCGGCCAUGGAGUAUAACAAAGAGGAUCGGGAGAGCUUCAGGCACAGCCAGCAGCGCUCUAAAUCGGAGAUGCUGUCCCGGAAGAACUUCGCCGCUGGGGUGCCGGCCGUCUCCAUGGACGAGCUCACGGCCUUUGCCGACUCCUACGGCCCGCGGUCCCGCAGGGCGGACGGCAACAAACAGGAGCCCCGAGGCGGGAGCCGCUUCGAGCGCCCGGAGGCGCGGGCGCGCGGGGGCCUCUACCAGGACGGCUCGCGGGAGGAGUACUACGGGCCGCGCAGCCGCAGCCGGGAGCCCCUGACCGACGCGGACGGCGGCUGGGCCCACAGCCCCCCGCGCCGGCGGCCGCCGGACGACGCGCACUUGCCGCGCCUGGUGAGCCGCACGCCGGGCACCGCGCCCAAGUACGACCACUCGUUCCGCGGAUCCGGGCUGGAGCGGCAGGUGCGGCCGGAGGGCGCCAGCCGCGGCGGCAGCCUCGAGACGCCGUCGAAGCUGAGCUCACAGCUCGGCCCGCGCAGCGCCUCCUACUACGCCUGGUCGCCGCCGGCCGCCUACGAGGCGGGCGCGCCUCCGGGCGACGAGGAGGAGGAGGACACGCCCGACGACACGUUGCCUCCCUACAGCGAGCUCGAGCUCAGCCGGGGCCCGGCCUACCGCGGCCGCGACCUGCCCUACCACAGCAGCUCGGAGAAGAGGAAGAAGGAGACACCCGCCAAGAAGACGAGUGACUUUCCCACCAGGAUGUCCCUUGUGGUCUGAUGUUUGUUUUCAAGACAACUCUCUGAAUGACUAGGAAUUGGCAACAAAACACGGGAACAAGACACAAAUCCAAGAGCCAGCA